AGGGGCCCGCCUGGGGCGCCGCAGCCCCCCGCGGCAGCCGGGCGCCGCGCAAGACCCCGGGCGGCCGCGGAAGCGGCGCAGGACCUGGGGAGCCAUGCAGGACCCGCAGGCACUUAUGGACAUGCUGGUCAAGCAGAACCCGAUGCUAGCCUCGAACCCGGCGCUUGCGAAGCAGAUGAUCCAGCAGGCACUGCAGCAGCAGGGCCUGAUGCCGGCCGGAGGAGGAGGCGCUGGUGCUGGGGGCGGUGACGUGCCCUUCUCGAAGGCCUCCACCAUGGCGGGCCCGCCCGGCGGAGGCUGCGGGGGCGGCGGCGGCACGGCGGGGUCUGGGAGCGGUGGCUCCUGGGGCGGCGGCGACGGCUCCUGGGGCGGCGGCGGCGGCGACUCCUGGGGCGGCGGGGGCGGCGACUCCUGGGGCGGCGGCGGCGGCGGCGGCUCCUGGGGCGGCGGC